AUGCAAAGGUUUGAAGAGUUUGUCCGCGGCAUUAACUUCGACAUCGAGACUGACCACCUGCCGCUCGUUUCACUCCUGGGCAAGAUGAAGCUGGGCAGGUUGCCACCUCGCAUUCAGAGACUGUCACUCAGGAUAAUGCAAUACCAAUUUCGCAGGCUACACAUGCCGGGAAAACUGCUAGCGACUACAGAUACCUUGCCUCGAAUCGUGAAGAUAUACGCUUCCCUGGACACCGUGGGCCUCUUCGCAGCACAAGUCGUCGCCUGCACAUCGUAUGUCUGGCCACUGAGCCAUGAAGACAUACAGCAGACACAAGAGUCCGAUGACUGGACUGGAGUGCAAGGCUGUCAUUUCUUUCUGCUACACCCGCUUCAACACCGAUGGAGCAUGUGGUAUUUCAAGAACGACAAGAAAUGCAGCUGGGAGGAUAACCAUAUUGAAAUCACCUCCUUUGACACUGUGGAGGACUUCUGGGCCCUUUUUAAUUACUUGGAGGUGGCAAGUAAGCUUCGUCUUGGAUGUGAUUAUUCACUUUUUAAGUAUGGCAUCAAGCCCAUGUGGGAAGACGGCCGAAAUGAAAAUGGAGGCCGUUGGCUUUUCAGCUUGAACAAAAGCCAGAGGAAUACGGACUUGGACUACUACUGGCUCGAAAUCUUGUUGUGCCUGAUAGGAGAGUGCUUCGACGAGGAGAUAAGCGACGAUGUGAAUGGUGCAGUGGUGCAGGUGCGUCCAAAAUUCGACAAAGUUGCUGUCUGGACUGCCGAUGUGCACCGAGCUGGCAACAACAUCAGAAUUGGGAAGACAUUGAAGGAGAGGCUAUAUUUGCACCCACGAUACAUCGUUCCAUACCAGGCACAUUCUGACACGCAGUCAAAGCGGGGUUUUACGCCAAGGGCUAGAUACCAUGUUUAA